ACAUCAGCUGGCCUUCAAAAUAUCAAAUCUUUGAAAGAAGAAGAAGAAGCCAAGAAAAGACGUGAAAAUGAAAUGAUGGAAAAAAUGUCAAGAGAAAUGAGUGGCUAUGGUCAAUCUACUGUUGUUCGUGAUAGAAAAACAGGUAGAAAAAGAAAUUUGGAAAGAGAAGCUGAAUAUCAUCAUGAGAAGCAGCAAGAACAAGAGGAGAUCAAUGCCAAAUAUGCACAAUGGGGUCGGGGGUUGAAACAAUCUGAUGAUCACAUGAGUAAACUUCAACAAGAUCUCAAAGAGAUGGACAAACCUCUUGCAAGGUAUGCAGAUGAUGAAGAUUUAGAAAAAGAAUUAAAAAGUCGUGACAGAGACGAUGAUCCUAUGUUGGCCUAUAUAAAAGAAAAAGAAAUUAAAGAAGGCAAAAGAGCACCAAGCUAUUCUGGCUCAUUCAUGCCUAAUAGGUUUGGUAUUAAACCAGGUUUCCGAUGGGAUGGAGUGGACAGAAGUAAUGGGUAUGAAAACAAAUGGUUCGAACAGCAAAACAUGAAGAAAGCAGUUAAAGAAGAAGCUUACAAGUGGAGUAUUGCAGACAUGUAAAUUACCACUAAAUAAUAAGUAGUGUAAAUAAUGAUUUAAAAUCUAAAAGCAGAUUUGUUCCAGACAAAGAGUUUAGUGGAACAGAUAGAACUGGAAGUGCAAGGUCUGGACCAGUUCAGUUUGAAAAAGAAGAAGAAGUUCCAUUUGGUUUAAGUAAAUUUUUAAAACAAGCCAAAAGAGCCAGUAGCAGUGGAACUUCUUCUAAAAGAAAAGAUGAUGAUAGAGAUAAACGAGAUAGUAAAAAAAGAAAACAUUAGAAAUAAAAUUAAAG